AUGUUUCCAACUGAUGAGAUUUUUGGAUUUCUUCUCAUAUCUGAAAUUUGUAUUGGGGCCAUAGGGAACUCAUUGCUUUUCCUGUUAUACACAUACGCUUCCUUGAUUCGACCUCAUCUGAACAAGCCCCUAGAUUUGAUUUUCAUACACUUGACAUUGGUCAAUGUUUUGGCUAUCUUGUUCAAGCUGAUACCAGAUAUUGCAUCAUCCUUUGGAGUAAAGCAUUUUAUGGGCGAUGCUGGUUGUAAAGCAGUUUUGUACAUAUUCAGAGUUGCCCGAGGUCUUACUCUCUGUACCACCUCUCUCCUGAGUGCGUUUCAAGCCAUCACUAUCAGUCCCAGUAAUUCUAAAUGGGCACGGCUUAAAACUAAAUCCUCUACAUGGAUUUUACCCUCUCUCUUUUUCUUCUGGGUCAUCAACGCGAUGGUCUAUAUCCACGUAAUCCUAACUCUAGAAGCCAAUCGCAAUUUCACUGUUGUCGGUUUUGGAUAUUCUCACCCAUACUGUCAAAAUAAGCACUUUAAAACCGACUACCCAGAGGUAUUUACAACUGUCUUGGUGACACGAGAUGUGCUCUUUGUGGCUCCUGUGAUCUGGACCAGCAUCUACAUGUUGAAUCUGCUCCACAAACACCGCAAGAGAGCCCAGCAUCUUCACAGCCCCAGCCUCUCUGCCCAGCCAUCUCCUGAAAACAAAGCUACCCACACUAUCCUUUGGCUGGUAAGUUGCUUUGUGUUCUUCUAUUGCUCAAACAACUUUGUGACCUUUUAUUUGUUUUUUAAACAUCAGAAAAGCCCGAGACUAGAAAGGAUAGUUGGAAUUACUUCUUCAUGUUACCCAACCAUCUGCCCUUUCAUUCUAAUGAAAAAUACUAAAAUUAUUUCCAAAUAUACUUCUUACUUUUCAAAACUUAGAUUUACCUUUUCUUCAAGGAGUAUUCAGUGA